UUUUUUCUGACUACAUAAGGUGUUCCUGACCUAACCAAGCCAUAGCAUUCAAGAAACAUCACGUAGAAUAUCCAAACGUUGAUCGAAUCUCAAGGUCGAGAUUUCUCAGACACCAUGAAAGAGCCACUGAAAGAAAGAAUGAGUAAGAUCUUAGCUGUCUUGCUCGUCUUCGCCAUGUUUACUCAAGGCUUGGCGAUUCAUGUAAAGGGGAUGGAGAGGAAUGAUAUCACCGUGAGCGCGAAACCCACCCUUGGUUCAGGCAGCAUCACAACCGUGGAAAACCACCAUGCCAUACCACGAGACCAGUAUAGUAGCCAUGGAGGAGAUGACGGAUCAGGUGGCAGUGGUGGUGAUACUACGAAGAACUAGUGUCAUUCUCUGAUACUAUCGUUCACCGAUGAUAUAUAUUCUGAUCUCUGAUGUCAUAUUGUAUUGAUGUCAGCAGCGCUAAUUAUUAUUGCUAUCAUGUGUACAUAAAAAUAAGUUGCUAAAGGGACGAGUAAUGUCGAAGUUAAAACAUUCCCACAGAAGGAAGAAGUUAUGUUUUAUUUAAAAGAUAAAGAAGCUAUAUAUGUACUAGAAGUGAUAUUCUCGUGUGUGUGUGUGUGUGCGCGCGCGCGUGUGUAAGGAAAAUUUUGUGAUGUUACACUCAGCCGUCAAUAAAAUUCACGACGA